CAUAAACAUAGGCUGUAAUAAUUGUACACUGGCAGCUAAUGUAGUUUUACCAUGGACAGUCCAGAAGUAACGUUCACUUUGGCCUACAUAGUGUUCGCCAUUUGUUUCGUGUUCACGCCUGACGAGUUCCGCUCGGCCGGGUUAACAGUGCAGCACCUGUUCUCGUCCUGGCUGGGAAGUGAGGAUGUGGGUUUCAUCCAGUACCACGUCAAGAGGACCAGCAUUACCAUACUGGUCCACUCUGCACUGCCUCUGGGUUACUACAUGGGGAUGUGUAUCGCUGCUCCUGAAAAAAACCUGGGAUAUAUCCACCAGUUGAGUGACAGCUGGCGAGCCUUCCUCCUCCUGUCCUUUUGCCUCCAGUUGGCAAGCUGGACGCUUAUCAUCUACUGGUCCCACCUCCACUGGUCCAAUCAUCCAAUUAGCAGGGCCCUGCAGGCUCAUGCCUUUCCCCCCUACUCUGGUUGGGGCACUGUGGCAACAAGCAUUAACACAGAGUUCAGGCAGAUAGAUAAGUUUGCCACUGGAGCUCCUGGAGCAAGAGUUAUUAUUACCGAUACCUGGGUGUUAAAGGUUACCACAUAUCACGUCUAUGUGGCAUUACAGAAUGACAGUCAUCUGACAGUGACAGAGUCCAGACAACAUCAGCUGAGUCCAGAGUCAGCAUCACCCACACAGAUUCUGACCCUCAGAGUGGAGAGUAUCAAUCCUAAUGUCAGAGCAUUUGAUAUCAGGCUGAAUUCUACAGAAUAUGCAGAGCUGCGGGAGAAACUCCAUGCUCCCAUUAGAAAUGCUGCCAAUGUUGUGAUUCACCAAACUAUCAGUGAUCUCUUCCUGGAAACAUUCAAAGCUCAGGUGGAACUCAAUCAACCGUAUAUGCUCCCUAGUGGACAGGACUUGGAGCCUUGUAUCGGCUGUAUGCAGUUUCCAGCAGGCGCCAAGCUGAUCAGACUCUGUUGUGAAGAUGAUGGUGAUAAUGAUUCAGAGUGCCAGCCGUGUUUCUGCAGACCCAUGUGGUGUUUGUCCUGUUUGGGUCGGUGGUUUGCCAGCCGGCAGGACCAGCAAAGACCUGAGACCUGGUUGGCCAGCAAAGUCCCCUGCCCUACUUGUAGAGCCAGAUUCUGUAUACUGGAUGUCUGUCUGGUUCACUAGCAACAUACACACACACGUAUCCAAACACUGUCUAAUCAUUAACUCCUUCCAGUAGAAAGAAUGUCAUCACUUCCAGUGUGGUUAAGAGGUUACACUGACUUUCGGGUUCUUAUCCAUGUAGUGGUAUUUGCUGCUCCGUAUGAGGGCAAUAGAUCCUCCAAGUCAGAUCAGGCACAGCGCCUAGGGCCCUGCCUUCCUUGAUAGGGUCACCACAACUGAUCUUUUUUUUUUGGAAAACACAGAUAAUCCUUGGAAAAAAUGAGAAAAUUCACCUCAUUUUUUUCAACAUGGGGAAAAGGCAAUGAGAAAUUUAGCA